AGAUCGACGCCGGCGGCCCCGCCCCUGUUCGGUGCUUCCCGCACCGCGGCCCGACCCCGUUACCGACCCCCCCCCCCACCCCUUCGUUACCGACCCCCCGUUACUGUCCCCGACCAUCCCCUCCCCCCGCCCCGCACCGGUACCGACCCCCGGCCAUGGCCGACCCCAAGUACGCCGACCUGCCCGGCAUCGCCAGGAACGAACCUGACCUGUACGAGACCAGUGACCUGCCCGAGGACGACCAGGCGGAGUUCGAGGCGUUUGCACAAGAGCUGGAGGAGCUCACCAGUACCAGCGUGGAGCAUCUCAUCAUCAACCCCAACGCCGCGUACGAGAAGUUCAGGGACAAGCACCUGAGCACCAAGGGAGUGGAUUUUUCCGACUGCAUCAGUAAGCCUAGGACAACGGGCUACAAAUCUGGGGAGUAUGAAAUUCUCGGCGAGGGUCUGGGCACCAAAGAGACGCCCCAGCAGCGGUACCAGCGGCUGCAGCACGAGGUGCAGGAGCUGGUUCGGGAGGUGGAGCAGAUCCAGAGCACGGCAAAGGAGUCGGCGGCGGCGGAGGAGCUGACGCCCAUGGCCUUGGCCAGGCAGGUGGAGGGCCUGAAGCAGCAGCUGGUCUCCAGCCACCUGGAGAAGCUGCUGGGCCCCGGCGCAGCGGUCGACUUUGCCGACCCCGAUGGCGCCCUGGCGAGGCGCCUGCUGCAGCAGCUGGAGGUGGCCAAGUGCAGCAAGGCGGCGGCGGGGAAGAGCCCCGCCAAGGGCCCGGCGCCCGCCGGCGACGCCGUCACCUUCGAGCUGUACUGGCGGCCGGAGCAGGACCAGUUUGCCCAGACGGCCAAGAUUGCGGAGCUGGAGAAGCGGCUGGCGCAGCUGGAGGCGACGGUGCGCUGCGAGCCCGACAGCCAGAACCCGCUGUUGGUCGGGCUGAAGGGCAGCAGCCUCGUGGAGACUGUGCAGGUGCUGCAGGCCAAGGUGAACAUCCUAGAUGUGGCCGUGCUGGACCAAGUGGAGGCCCGGCUGCAGAGCGUCCUGGGGAAGGUGAAUGAAAUAGCCAAGCACAAGGCGACUGUGCAAGAUGCCGACACGCAGAGCAAGAUCCACCAGAUCUACGAGACGAUGCAGCGCUGGGACCCCGUGGCCAGCACCCUGCCUGACGUCGUGCAGAGGCUGGUGACCCUGCGGGACCUGCACGAGCAAGCCACCCAGUUCGGGCAGGUCCUCGUGCACUUGGACACCACGCAGCAGGAGAUCGCGGCUGCUCUCAAGGACAACACGGUGCUGCUGGCUGAGGUGCAGAAGACCAUGAAGGAAAACCUGGCUGUUGUAGAGGACAACUUUGCAGACAUUGACGCCCGCAUCAAGCGGCUGCAGAAGUGAGGGCAGGCUGGAGACCCCGCCAGGCCAGGGGGCCCUGCGAACCCCUGGGAAUCGCUCCCUCCCCCCCGCAGGUACCAGCCCCCACUUGUAUAUACCCUGGCUCUGCCCCCACACACAGGGUGGGGGUCUGGAGGGCUCCCCCCCACCCCUCCAUUCCCGCCUCGGGGCAGGGUGGGGGUCUCUGCGCCCGCCAGGUUCACCCCAAUAAACAGCUUAGCUCUAAA